GAGUUUAGUCAGGUAACUAACGCCAGCUUGUGGAAAAAAAGGUGUUUCAAAAGCUACUUCAGCUUAUUUAACAACUUCUUAAAACAUUCCUUUUAAGUUGUUAGGUUAGCUUCCUUACAUUAUGGAGGUUUUACGUCCACCUCUUAUAAAUAUAGACGGAAGAAUAUACAGAAGGAAUAUCACAAAGGAUGAACACUAUGAGGAAGAAGAGGAAGAUUUUUCUUACAUGGGACCACCAGAGAGUGAAGAUGUUGCAGAAGAUGAAUCCUGUGACACCACCUGCAUUGAACAGACUGAUAAAGGAUACCGCUGUGCCAUUGAUGUCCCAAGUGUGCUUUACAAAUACAUCAUUGGGAAAAAAGGAGAGACACGCAGACGUCUAGAGUUCGACACAAAGACGUCCAUCAGCAUCCCAAAGCAAGGAGUGGAAGGACAGAUCGUCAUCACAGGCUCCCACAAAGCUGCAGUCUCGUCUGCAGUCACGAGAGUCGAGGUCCUUGUGGAGAGCUUCCGGAAAAAGCAGCCUUUCACACACUUCUUGUCGUUCCCCCUGAACGACGCAAAAGUUCAAGAAGGAUUCCUGACUUUUAAAGAGGAGGCGUUGAAGCAGUGUUCACAGGAUCACGGGGUAGAUGGAAGCAUCUUUCAGAACCCUGCAAAGCUUCACCUGACGGUCGGCACCCUGGCACUGUUAAAUGACAUGGAAGUGAGGAAAGCGUGUGAGCAUCUCCAAGAGUGUCAAAACUUCAUCAGGGACAUCACAGAGGGAAAAUCUCUGCCAUUGGCGGUGAAGGGGAUAGAGUACAUGAAUGAUGAUCCAGCCACGGUGGAUGUGCUGUAUGCUAAAGUCAACGUGAAAGAUGGAUCUGACAGGUUGCAGGUGAUUGCUGACCGGCUGGUUGAGCAUUUUGUCUCAGCAGGGCUGAUGGUUAGAGAGUGGGACAGAGUGAAGCUGCACGGCACUGUGAUGAACACUCUGUUCAGGAAGGACUCCACAGUUGAAGACACAGGUGGAACAGGAAGACAAAUCAUGAGUGAAAGGGAGGCUUUUGAUGCCAGAAAUGUACUGAAGAAAUUCGGAGCUUAUCACUUUGGAGACUUUGAGCUGAAUGCUGUCCUGCUGUCUCAGAGAUAUUCCACUGAUUGUACGGGCUACUACUCGUCUGCAGGCAGCAUCAACCUCUCAUGAGCUCAUCGCUGCACAUACUGAGGUCAUCGUUGGAGAAGUCUUCAGUGUGGCUCGCUGAAGAAGAAGAAACACUUCAGAAUCCAGUUUCCACCAAAUAAUGAACAUGAAUGGACAAAGUGUUGCUGCAUCUUUGAUCAAUCAUUUGCUGAAAUCUGUUGGAAAACUAACAUUUGAUUUACUGAUGUUUUGCUUCACGCUCACAGGAGUUUAUUUAAUCAUUCUGUUUUAAUCUGGCAAGAAUAAAUAAAUGUGUAAAGCAGCC